AUGGAGUGUGUGACCACUGCUUCUAUGUCAGUGCUGAUAAAUGGCUCGCCAUCUAAGCCGUUCAAAAUGGAAAGAGAGUUGAGACAAGGGGACCGCCUUUCACCAUUCUUGUUCGUUCUAGUUGUGGAUGUACUACAUCAAAUGAUUGGAGAGGCAGUCAGGAAUGGCUGCAUAUCACCUUUGUUGGUUGGUAAAGACAGCAUAGAAUUGUCACACAUUCAGUUCGCUGAUGGUACUAUUCUUUUUUGCCUACUAGAAGAGGCGAUGAUUAAGAAUUACAAACGGUUGCUGAGGUGCUUUGAGUUGUUAGGGCUUAGUAUAAAUUUUGAAAAGUCCAGCUUGAUUCCAAUCAAUUGUGAGGAGCAAUGGGCCCAGCGUAUGUGCAACGUGUUGGGUUGUAAGGAGGCCACUCUUCCAGUUAAAUACCUCAGAAUCUCCUUAGGUGAAAAUCCGAGGUUGGUGAAGACCUGGAAGUCUAUCAUAGAGAAAGUGGAGGAGAAGCUCAGUAUGUGGAAAGCUAAGGUGUUAAAUAAAGCUGGAAAAUUGGUGCUUAUAAAAUCUGUUUUAAAUAGCUUGCUAGUGUAUUAUCUGAGUCUGUUCAAGAUGCCGAAAGCUGUAGCUGAGAAGUUGAUAUCUUUGCAGAGAAGAUUCCUAUAG